CAUUUUUAGUAUUUGUCCACAAAUCUCCAAGGUGGUAAUUCAGGAACUCUGAGGAACUGGUGGUGUUCUUCCAACAGGGCCCUCGUGCAAUUUGUCGCAUGGAGGGUACGGCAGUGCAAGGAGUCGCCCUCUUGUGGCAGUUAUUGAACUCUGAGGAAGAGAGAAAAUAAUACUGCUUAUCCAGGGAGUGAGCGGGGGAUUUGUUUGACGUUUGCAGCAACGAUUUUUGGAAAAACGAUGGGGACUGUGGAUGCCAUUAAGAGACCGCUCAACAUUCCUCUGAAAUUUGUUCCUUAUUUGGAAAAACAUCGGAUUUAUGGAUUGUUUUGUGAGAUUGCGAAGCAAUUGAUAAUUAAAAAGCCAUUGAAUCACAUUCUUUAUGUGAAGCAAUGCUUGCAACAUGCUGCUAGGAGCAGGGAUGCACCGAGAAUCGUUCUCAUCUGUCCUCCAGAUUUCGAUAGAAAAUUACUGGCUGAAUAUCUCGAAUUAAAAUUGGGGAUAAAAUCGAUAGGGAUCAAUGAGGUGGAGGCCUUCAAUUCGAAUGAAGAAUUUGCUGCUAAUGUCAGAAAAAUGUUGAGGAAAUUGUAUUUUGAAGAGUCCGGAUGGUUGUUUAUUGACUUUCCCAGGGUAAAAUCAGAGGCGUGCGCUUUAAAAUCCCUCGGGAUAAUUCCCACCCACGUAAUCGAAAUAAUAUGGACCGACUUUUCGGCGGAAUCUACCCUUCAGUCCACCCCCAGUCGCUACUCUGCAACAUCCACCCGAGGUUCUCACCAUAAAAUGCGUCCAAAAACACCAAACCACUUGCAUAAUCUCCACGACCUACGUGCGGUCUACUCCAGCGUUUUGGUUCAGAUCGAGACCGCUGGGAGAACGUACGAGGAACUCGGAAGAGCCUGUAUUACACUGACCAGAAGAAGAAAGUAUCGGACGCCUUGUUGUAAUUUCCGGGUAGUUCUGAUCGGGCCGAGGGGCUCAGGGCGCCGAUCAGUGGCGGGCUACCUCGCGCGGAGGUACAAUCUUGUCUGCAUUGACUUUGAUUAUUUACUGGCGCAAACGAGAAUGCAGAAUAAUAAGCUCGGAGAGUCGUUGAGGUGUCUAACCUGUUGGGAAAUUAGAGCUGAUGCCGAUGUUAAAAUUAGAAUUGUUAAGAGAAGACUAAUGAGCGCCGAUUGUUUGAAGAAGGGUUGGGUAUUGUUCGGAUAUCCAAUUACCGUUGAGGACUUUAAACUUCUCGACGUCCUAACUACACCUCCAAACAGAAUUAUCUGCAUUGAUGUCGACGAAGCGACAUGCAGGGAGCGGUUGGUCUCGAGGAGAUUUAAUGUUAUUACUGGAAGUGAGCAUAAUUCUAGCCGGGGUAGCGAGGAACAGAGCAAUCCAGAUUUUGCUGUUCACUGCAAGGAUUAUGAAAUCGCUGUUAGUCAGAAUCUCAAAGAAUACUUCACAAAUCGCGACUCACUGCUUCGGUAUGCAAGUGAAUCUGCGAUCACGGUGGAUGGCGCGGUCAGUGAAAGAAAUGUUAAAGAAAAGGUGGAAUCGUGUUUGAGCCAAGCUCCAUCUGCUCCUCCUCGUAUUCGAAAACCUAAGGAGGAAAUAACAGCAGAGGAUAUAGAAUUCGAUCCCGAUGAUCCAACGGAUUUCAAGAUUUAUGACGAACUGCGCAGACCGGACUCCAUUCUCUCUCUAGUCUAGUUCAUGAUAUUUAUUCUCUCAGGAUUUUUAUUCCCUCCAGCCAAUCGUGCACCUCCGAUUCUAAAUUUUUUGUACUCAAGGUCAACAUUGAAUACAAUUUUUCACAAAUCACAUAA